GAGAGAGAGAGAGAGAGAGGUCUUGCAUCAAUUUCCAGUAGGUCCUUGGCUAGGGAUAGGGCCUUGGGUAGGCCCUCCAUGGUCCAUAUUGGAAGUUUACCUGGCUCGAAUGCAUACAGGUGUCCACAGCUACAGUGGAUUUAUGUGUGCAGCAGCCGAGGACAGCUUUUCACAGCACUCCUCCCCAUCCCCAUGUCUGCUCUUUUGAGACAGAGUUGCUAUGUAUCCCUGACUGGCCUGCAUUCAUUACAUAGCCCAAGAUGAUCUCCAACCCAAGGAAAUCAUUCUACUUUAGUUCUCAAAUGCAUGUAUUACCAUGAUCAGCUUUAGGAAUGUUUUCAAAAUUCACUUCAUAUUAUACAACUCUGUAAAGUUUGUAAAUAGCCUGGUAAGUAGAGAAAUGGCCAACCUGAUUUAAGGAAACUAUCCAUCUUGCUGUUGCUACUUCAGAAUGGUGACAAUCAGUUGUCCCCAGCUCCAUUUUCUCCAUUGCCUCUUCCUACAGGUAUCUCCAACGUUCUUUCCUCUAACACCUCUCCCUUCAAGGACACAUGUAGACACAAGUGUGUAUAUAUGUUUGAGACAAGGUCUCUCUAUUAUAUAGUUCUGGCUGUCCUGGAACUCACUAUGUAAACCAGGCUGGUCUCAAACUCAGAGAUCUGCCUGCCUCUGCUUCCCGAGUGCUGGGGUUAAAGGCAUGUGCCACCACCGCCCUGCAUGCACAGAGGAUUCUGAACAAGCCAUGAGCUAAGCGCGAAGGUGCAGUGGCUGAUUGCUCAGGUCUGCCACAGUACUGCGGGGAGUUUCUAAAUGAAUGCUGUACAUUUAGCCACCAAUGUUUUAAACCUAUUAAAAUUAUUCAUGGAAGUCUAUAAAAAAAUCAAAUCCUGGUCAUAGCCCUGGUUCCAGUAUUUAUUUUGAGAACAUCUUUUGUAGAGCUAACAUGUAGGCUUUGCUCUCAGGGAACCACAGGUCAAUUUUCAGCCUUUGGGAACAUGAGCAACACAAAAUGAUGAUUCUUAGAGUCAGAGGCAAAAGGCCAUGUGCAAAGGGGUGUCACCAUUCCUGGAUGUGUUCCUUGUGUGGCACUCUAUGCUGUAGGCUCCUCACAGUCAGGCAGUGCCUCAGGAUCUGCUGUUAAUACAAUCCUGCCAGGCUCAUCAUGGGAACUGUGAAGUGAGCCUGCCUGGCAAGCAUCCCUGAUACUCACCCCACCCUGAGUAGGUAGGUGACCUGCGUCAUUGCUUAGGGGAUUGCCCAGCACAUGACUCCUAGGUCCCUCCCUAGACAAAGUCAUCCAACUAUACCCACCAGGAAUUCCUCCUCCUCUUCUGUUUAACUUGACUUGCAUAUGAUAAUUUAAUGGGAUAAAUAUACAUUUAAAAAUUUCAAAAUGUAAAGAGCACAAAGAAGCUGGACAUGGCGGCACAAACAUUAAACUUAGCACCUGGUUGUCAGAGGCAGCCAAGACUAUACAUAGGGAGACCCUGUGUCAAAACUAAUCACCACCAACAACAAAGCAAAGUGACAAAGGAAAAGGAAGAAAAACUGUCCUAUUCCAACACAACCUCAACACAGUUCCUUCAUUCCCCUUACAAGAGACAAAAUUAAAAAAAUAAACAAACAUGUUUACUCAAUUUCUUAGGAAAAUCAUAAGCACAGGUGGCUGGAUUGUUCAGUGGGUAAUGUGGACCCCACCACCAAUGUAAAAGCUAUGAACAACAGCAUAUGUCUGUAACUCCAGCACCAGGGGUGUAGAGACAGAUCCCAGGGACUUGCUGGACAACCAGGCUACCCAGAAUGGUGAGCACUAGGUUCAGAGAUCUGUCUCAAAACUAAAGUGGAAAGGAAUAGAGAGAGGAAGAAGGCAGUGUCAAUCUCUGGUCUCUACAUGCACAUGGAGGCCAGUAUGCUACACACACACACACACACACACACACACACACACACACUCCUACCUACCAUCAUUGAAACCCAUACAAAAGUACAAACUGAAAAGCUCACCAGGGCUGGAGAUGUCAGGCUAGCAUUUGUAGCAUUUGCUCAGGAGUGUAAAACUUGACUCCUAACAUCUCAGAGAAGGAAUGAACAAGAGAAAGGAGAAAGGGAAGAGACCUCAGUUCCCAUCUAGAGCCACUCUGCAUUUGAAAUUGUCUUCCUCAGCUGCCUGCAGGCAAACAAGCUUUUCUGACAACAAAACCAGAGGGUAGGACCUUGAUGUGAUUUCUCACAGUCUCACUAGUGCCGUGGUUAUAGUUCCUCCUGGCAACUUCCUUACAUGAUUUAAUAAUUUUGUCAUCUUCCACAGAUUGCUGACUCCUUUAACCAAUGUCAAGCAUCUGGGAUUUCCCGAUUGGCUUUACUAAAAGAAACACACAGUGGUGGACCCAGAGACUUCAUUGCAAUACAUUUCUAAGAAAUAUACUAGGUUACAAAACAUGGCCACUGUAAAAAACCCUGCUCUCCAGCCAACUGACUUUCCCUCCAGCAGAGUGAGUCCUCUACAGCCAGUGCUGACUUCCUCAUAGGGCCAGUUAACCCUAGUUUGUACUCAUUUGUACAACACCUACUCAUAUCAGCCUUGUGUCCUUAACCCCACCUCUGAAUCUAGAUUAAGGCAAAGGCCUCAUGUGGGCCUGGUGACUGCUCUGUUUACGUAGCCACACAGCCUAACCUGGGCCUAUCCCAGUCCAUGUGAGUCAGUUGAACAAGGGGCGGGCACCACCCUUCCUGGAACAGGAAUCCAGCUGGGACACAGGCCACCAGCACAUCCCAAGAGACUCUGCAGUGACUGGAGCCAGAUACAGAGCAUCGAGCCAGCAGGGUGCUUUGAGGAGCAGUUAUGUCUGUCCUGUACCCAUCUCUGGAGGACCUGAAGGUGGGCCAAGUCAUCCAGGCCCAAGCCAGAGCCUCACCCAGGUUGUCUCCUCCAUCAGCCCCGAUAGCUUCUGCACCCCCACUUUCAGAGCUGUACCCAAACUUGGCAGAACUGGAGAGUUACAUGGGGCUGUCCCUCUCUAGCCAAGAAGUCCAGAAGAGCCUGCCUCAGAUUCCAGAUGGUGACAAUAUGGUGGUCACUAGCCCUGGGCCUGGCCACGUGGUAGCACCAGUCUCUGGGAACAACCUGGGUGUGUUGCGUGCAGAGAUCAAGCCUGGGGUGCGUGAGAUCCAUCUGUGCAAGGAUGAGCGUGGCAAGACUGGACUGCGCCUGCAGGCUGUCGAUAAGGGGCUCUUUGUGCAGCUUGUCCAGGCCAACACUCCUGCAUCCCUCGUGGGGUUGCGCUUUGGGGAUCAGAUCCUGCAGAUUGAUGGGUGUGACUGUGCUGGGUGGAGCACAUACAAAGCUCACAAAGCAUUGAAGAAGGCGUCAGCAGAAAAGAUCACCAUGAUUGUUCGUGACAGGCCGUUCCAGCGGACUGUCACUAUGCACAAGGACAGCUCAGGCCAAGUUGGCUUUUUCAUCAAGAAGGGGAAGAUUGUAUCUGUGGUAAAGGGAAGCUCUGCAGCCCGUAACGGGCUUCUCACUAACCACUACGUGUGUGAGGUGAACGGACAGAACGUCAUUGGGCUAAAGGACAAAAAGAUUACAGAGAUCCUGACCACCGCUGGAAACGUCAUCACACUGACCCUCAUCCCCACUGUGAUCUAUGAGCAUAUGGUCAAAAAGUUGUCCCCGCUGCUGCUUCACCACACCAUGGACCACUCCAUCCCAGACAUCUGAAGUCACAGGGCAGCCCAGGCCUCCUGCCAUCCUGCAGCGAACUCGGCAAUCCUCAGAUGACAGGUUGCAGCUGGCUUGCUGCUUGGGUCUGGGUAUUGCAGGGGUGUGUUCCAGGUGGAUGCAUAUUGAAUGAGUGUGUCAUGGCUGUUUUCAGGCUUCCUUGGGUCCUGACUCCUAGCUAUGUAUGCUGAGGUAUGGGUGGGACUCGAGCACUUGGUGCUCUGUACCCUAGAUGCUGGGCACUUAGGCAGAAUAGCAGAAUGUCACCAAGUGCAGCUGGGUCCCUUUGCAGACUUUUGCUUCCUGACUUGACGGAGGAAUUCCCGUGUAUUCUUUGUCUUCAUCGAUCUUUGUCACGGGUUGUGCAUAGAUUACUUGUAUAACCCUUUCCUGUCUGUAGGUUACUUGUAACCCUUUACUGUCUUUUGAAUAAAGAGUGGAUUUUAAACACAA